AUGUCUUCGUCGGCGUUCAGUCCGUCGCGGGGUAGUCCGGUCGCCUCCAGGUUACAGAGGGAGCAGCACUUUGUUCUAAUCGGGAGCUCCAGGCUGAGAUCCUCUUCCCUGAGGAAGCCGCCGGAGCCUCUGCGGAGAGCCAUCGCUGACUGUCUGUCGUCUUCCGCCUCGGCAUCGGGUUCUGCUGGUGGGGGCGCUGUCGCCGGCUUGCACCAUGGCAGCCCCUCCGUGGUGUUGAACGACGCUUCCAGGACUCUCCGUGAUUACUUGGCAUCCCCUGCAACCACUGACCUGGCAUAUUGUGUAAUUUUGGAACACACGAUUGCUGAGAGAGAGCGCAGCCCAGCAGUAGUCGCGAGGUGUGUGGGACUUCUGAAGCGGUACCUUAUAAGAUAUAAACCGAGCGAGGAGACGUUACUUCAGAUUGACCGAUUUUGUGUGAAUACAAUCUCUGAGUGUGAUAACAGUGCAAGUCGAAGAUCAGCAACGUUAUCACAGUCGACAGCUCAGCAAUCUGUUGCUUCUGCACAUAAUUUGCCUUCUCUUCCUGUUUCUAGUUUUGCUUCCGGAGCACUUGUAAAGUCGUUAAAUUACAUACGUUCUCUAGUGGCUCAACAUAUUCCAAAGAGGUCAUUUCAACCGGCAGCAUUUGCUGGGUCCCCAUCUGCAUCAAGACAGGCACUUCCUGCAUUAUCUUCAUUUUUGCGUAAAUCCUUUAACUCCCAAUUAAGCCCUGCAAAUAAUGUUGAAUCUUCAGACAUCAGAGAUGCGGCUACUUUGCCUGUUUCACACUUUUCAAAGAUGGAAAAAGUUGAUGUAAUGGAGGACAUUGAUCACAUUGCAUAUGAUGCUUUAAACUGGCGUUGGGCUGGAGAUCAUCGGUUUUCAGUAUUGUCCACUGAAAGUGAUCGUGCUUCUGUUCUUGAGGAUAUGCGCACACAUACUUUGCUAGAGUUGGGUGCUGCAGCACUGCUAGUUGGAGACAUGGAAGCUAAGAUGAAGAAUCAACCCUGGAAAUAUUUUGGAACUGCUGAUAUGCCCUAUCUUGACCAGCUGUUGCAGCCUUCUUCAGUCUCUACAAUUACCAUUUCAGCUUCUGCUCGUUCCCACUUACGAGCAAUAACAGCAUCUAAGCGCUGUAAAGCAGAACCACAUCAGAUAUGGGAAGAUUCUCCUUUAAGUACUUUCCGCCCAAGAGCUCGGCCACUUUUCCAGUACCGGCAUUACAGUGAACAGCAACCCUUACGAUUAAAUCCAGCGGAGGUAUGUGAGGUUAUUGCUGCCGUUGGGUCUGAGGCUUAUACUCCAAUGGCUACUCCUGCACUAUCGUCUAGAUUAAGUAAUAACACUGGAAAGCCAUCGAUGGAUGUGGCUGUGAGCGUACUUAUUAAGCUUAUCAUUGAUAUGUAUGUGUUGGAUCCUGGGACUGCUGCCCCACUGACGUUGUCUAUGCUUGAGGAGAUGCUUUUAUCUCCAAAAGCAGCAUGCCGAGUUCGUGCAUUUGAUUUAAUUUUGAACCUCGGUGUUCAUGCUCAUUUAUUGGAACCAAUGAUGGUUGGUGAUACUACAACAAUUGAAGAAGAGUAUGCACAAGAAUCCUUUCUCGAGACUGAAGACAAACUUCCAACACCAGAUAAUAGGAAAACAAAUUCUGUUGACAAGAUGGACGCUUCAUCAGCUAUUUAUAAGUUUGAAUCUUGGAUCUUAAACAUCUUGUAUGAAACACUUUUGCUUCUUGUCCAGACAGAGGAGCACGAAGAGUCUGUCUGGGCUUCGGCACUAAGCUGUUUGCUGUAUUUCGUCUGUGAUAGAGGGAAAAUUUUGAGAGAUCGGCUAGAAGGCCUGGAUAUAAGGGUCAUUAAAGCAUUCAUAAUGACAAGCAGGACAAAUUCAUGGGCUGAAAUAGUGCAUAGCAAGCUUAUUAGCAUGUUAACAAACAUAUUCUAUCAAAUUCCAGAUGAGUCUGUUGAGGCUGUUCUGAGCUCUCCUGUGUUUCUCAUAGACCAGAUUGAUUUAAUUGGAGGGAUUGAGUUCAUUUUCAUUGAGUAUUCUCUCGCUAAUUUGAGGGAGGAUAGGAGAAACCUCUAUUUGGUUCUUUUUGAUUAUGUUUUGCACCAAAUCAAUCAAGCAUGUGCAACUGCUGGAGUUUCUGAAUAUAGCAAUGAUGAGAUCCAACCUCUUGCAACCUUGUUUUCUCUUGUCGAUGCACCUGAAGCUUUUUAUAUUUCCGUUAAACUUGGGGUAGAAGGGAUUGCGGAGCUUUUGAGAAGAUCAAUUUCUACUGCACUCGCUAGAUAUUCAAACAAUGAAAGGUUAAAUAUGCUCUUGAAGAAUAUAACAGAGACAUUUGAUAUGGUAAUCAAUUCUUUUACUCGUGUUGACAAGGAUUUCUUCCAUCUCAUACAAGUAACCAAGCGCGACAAGUUUCUAGAGGGAAUUCAAAGUGAGAGCCCACGAAAUGGCAUUGUCAUGAAAGCUAAGCUCUCAUGGGCCACUCUGCACUCACUUCUUCAUUCUGAUAGAAUCGCAUGUCGUCAGAAUGGCUACAUCUGGUUAGGUGACUUGCUUAUUUCAGAGAUUAGCGAGGGAAAAGAGGCUAGACUAUUGUCAAAUAUUAUUGCAUUGCAGCAUAAAAUCAUGCAUGCUGGUGUCUGUGAUGAUAUGGCAGCUGCUGCAGAUGUCCCUCUGUCCAUUUGGCUGAUGUGUGGACUUCUUAAGUCCAAGCAUAACGUUAUUAGAUGGGGCUUUCUAUUUGUUAUUGAUCGAUUUCUCAUGCGCUGCAAAUUUUUGUUGGAUGAGAAUGAAAUGCAACAUUCUGGUGUUAGUAACGUUACCGGUGGAGAUGCAGAUAGCCGGCUUGAGAAAGCAAAUGCAGUUGUUGAUAUCAUGAGCAGUGCCUUAUCCUUGGUGGCCCAGAUUAAUGAAACAGAUCGCUUCAAUAUUUUGAAGAUGUGUGAUAUACUGUUCUCUCAAUUAUGCCUCAAAGUUCACCCUCUGUCUGCCAUGCCAUAUGGAGAACAUGUACGCCGUGACGUAGUUCAUGUUGGCAUGGAGAAAGGUGAAAAAGUCGAUUCAAAUGACCACAUCUCUCAACCAGAGAAUCACUCGACAGAUAUUUCAGAGGAAAGGAAUAGCAAAUUUAGUUACAGUACUAGCAGUUCUCUGGUGCGUGAGACAGCUUCGAUGGCUGCAAUGCUUCUCCAAGGGCGGGCUAUUGUUCCCAUGCAAUUAGUUGCCCGGGUCCCUGCUGCUUUAUUUUAUUGGCCCUUGAUUCAACUAGCUGGUGCGGCAACAGAUGAUAUAGCACUGGGUGUUGCAGUUGGAAGCAAAGGAAGAGGAAACCUUCCAGGCGCUGCAUCUGACAUAAGGGCUACUCUUUUAUUACUUUUAAUUGGUAAAUGCACAGUUGAUCCUUCUGCUUUUGAAGAAGUUGGCGGGGAAGAAUUUUUUAGGGAACUUUUGGAUGAUACGGAUUCAAGGGUUGCAUAUUACUCUUCUGCAUUUCUCCUGAAGAGAAUGAUGACAGAAAAACCAGAUGAGUACCAGCACAUGCUUCAGAAUCUCAUAUUUAAAGCUCAGCAGAGCAACAACGAGAAGCUGUUGGAAAAUCCCUACUUGCAGAUGCGUGGCAUACUUCAGCUGUCAAAUUAUGGGCUAAUCUAA